AUGGCAGGGAAGAGGAAGGGGAUGAAUGGAGCUCAAGAGAAGGAGAAUUCAACCUCAGGUGAGACCGGUUGGGAUGUAUCGGCAAUAAGUGGUGCUCGCCGAGCUAGAAAACGAUAUGUAGGAGUCCGGCAACGGCCAUCGGGACGAUGGGUAGCGGAGAUCAAAGAUACGAUACACAAGAUAAGAGUGUGGCUCGGUACGUUCGAUACUGCAGAGGAGGCAGCCCGGGCUUAUGACGAGGCCGCCUGUUUGCUCCGUGGAGCCAAUACAAGAACUAACUUCUGGCCUUGCUCACCUCCGGAGCCGGUGUUCAGCCGUGCAUUGCCUGCCAGGAUAACUAAUCUGCUGCUAUUGAGACUGAGUGCCGGAAAUGCAUCAACACCAGUGCAUGCAAACAAAGAACAGCCUCAACAAUUACCGCAACCACAACAACAACAACAUGAAGAAACAACAGUUGAGGAUUAUGAUAUAGACUUUGCAGAGUUUUUAGAGGAUUGUAAUAUAUCAGGGAGUAGUAGUCUUAUGAGUUGUAUUAGUUCUAGUCAUGAUAUGGAUAUGGCUGAAGUUAUGAACUAUGGAUACUCACAUUUUGAAGUCGAAGAGGAAUUGGUGGGAGAUGAGACGAUGGCAAUGAGAGCGGCGGCAGUGAAGAGGAUGAAGUACGAGCACGAACACGAGCAGAGGGCUACUGCAUCGCUCUAUGAUCUCGAUGGCGUGCCGGAGUGUUUUAGAAUGGUGGGGAUGAGGGAGGAGGAAGAGGGAGGAGAAGAGCUGGCAAUGGAGGGAAGGAAAGGAGUUGAGUUGCAAGUGAAGCAGGCUCAAGCAAGUGCUUCUCAGGUUAUGAGUGAUGAUGGAGAUCUGGAACUCUGGAGUUCACUUGAUCUCCCUCCCAUUAGCUUCUUUACAUGA